UUGCGCAGACAAGCUCGGCAAAGAACGCAGCCAUUUAUUUUCAGCUUUUUGUAAAUACACGGGUCCCAGCAAAGUGGACGCCACAAUUGUGACAGACGUAAUUGAAAGACUAAAACUUUCCCCUUAUCCAACGUAUUUCUAGAAGCUGCCACAUACGCGGUCCAUUUAGACAAUAGUCAAGUGUUUUCAUUCCAUAGCCAAGAAAGUGCUCUUGGUAUACUCAACGCUGUAAUGUCAUUGAAUAUUACGGUGAAAAGUGAAGAUUCCGAGUCUUUUGAUGAAGAAGACGAAUCAUCUUCGUUGCUUUCGGUCAGUAGGGGCUUUGAGUCUGCAGCUUGUCAUGAUAUUUCUCCUGGAGGUGUUCCGAUAGAAGACCAUGCAGGGUAUUCAACAAAGAAUGAGAUUCUGGAAACUAAAACUACCAAACCCAUCUUACUAUAUUCUGUGAGUGGUGAUCGGUUAUUUUCCUCUACGUCAACAGAUGGCAAAACCGUCUUAAAAAUUGCUCCAGCUCCGGCGAACCGGCCUCCGCCUCGGCCUCUCCCCCAAGUGUCCCCCGAGUUCUCCUACCAGGCCAUUGUGUACCUGAUUGAAGCGGUGGGGCGUCGCUGGAGCCUUUAUGGGACCCGGGAGCGCUCUCAGCUCUUCCAAAGCGUCCAGAAGGAGCUGGCAGAGCAGGGCCACUGCCACCCUGUGGAGAAGAUCCGCCGCAAGUGGAACAACCUGAUCGUCACCUACAAGAGGGUGAAAUACAGAUGCAGGGAGACGGGCCAGGCCAGGACCUCCUGGGAGUACUUUGAGAUGAUGGACGCCAUGCUCGGUGACACCAUUGGCGCAGAGACGACAAGCAGCCCCGCCUUAGUAACCAGCUCACCUCUAGUAACAGGCAUACCUAAGAUGACCGUCGCCACAGAGCCCGUCAAAUCUGAACAGAAGCCACUCCUUCUUCCCCAAGGCAACCUCAUUGCCGCUGGCUCACGGACACUCACCCUGGUCUCCCCCUCCUCCCAAGCUCUCUCCAGCCCCGUUCCUUCCCCCCUCCCUGUGUAUACGUUUGUCAGGUCACUCCCUACCCCCACGCCCGUACGCUCCCCCCUCACUCUCUCCACCACCUUGGAUAGGCCCUCCUCCUGGGUACCCAAUAAUUCAGACCCUCUACAGCCAAACCCCACCCCUGCUCUGGCCACACCACCCCCCGUCCCCAGUCACGUCUCCUCCAACCUCAGCCGUGUGCGCCUCCUCAGAAAAAAGCGCAGCCGAUUCUCUUCCGCCUCCCAGGGCUCCUCCACCACCUCCCUCAUGGCUCAGCAGCAGAAGCGAGGGGAGGAGAGCACCUCUGUGCUCCAGGAGUUCCUGAGGAGGCAAGAGGAGCAGGCCAAGGAGGAGAAGGCAAGACGCGACCGUGCGGAAGCCCGGGAGAAGAGGCGUGAGCGAAGGGAGGCCCGCAUGGCAGAGUCCCUGGGUCGGAUGGCUACUGCAUUGGAGCUGCUCUCCUCCAAACAGGACACUGUCAUCGCCCUGCUGCAGAGGUUGGCAGAGAGGGACAGGAAAUGACCUCACACUCGGAUCCCUGUUUGGACAGACUUUCUUUGGUUACGAAGUAGAACUUGCAAACAGAACACCGUAUUUUUACUGAUUAAAUGGUUUGUUCAUUAACUGACCCACUGAUUGUAGUAGUCAGUCAUUUACAAUGACUCCACUGUGUUGCAACGUUUUUCCUGGGAGAAACCGGCGUGGCCAGCAGAAACUGCUUAUUAGUCAGGUAGAGUAGAAUAGGGACACGCGCGGUGAAACUCUUUCUCGCGACUCCAGUUGAACCAGUAAAUCCCAAAACAGGCGGCCUGCCUCACAAAUGACAUCCUGUUCCCUCCUAAGUGCACUAAUUUGGCACUGCCACUGUCAAAACGAGUGCACUUUGAGGGGAAUGAGAACGCAGGCGCACCUUCAUUUCAGCUCCUUUCAACAGGCUGAGUGAACGGAGCCGACUCAGAGGUCGGCUGACAGCCCGGUGGCGUGAAUCGUACCUGCGACACCAGCGGAGCUGUCGGAAGUAAAUUGUUUGAGGAAGGCUAUCUGAAGAGUAGUGGCAGUGUUUACCCAAUGGGUGUGGCCUACGUCACAGCAAAAGCGCUUUCAAGUAAGACUUAUUUUUCUAUUGAUUCUCUGUCCUAGAGGUGACCUGCACCUUACUGUGUGGAGGAUUUGCUUCAGGAGAGGUAAGCAGUCAGUGUGACCCACUGAGGCCGGGAGAGGAUAUAUCAGAUAACCAGUCGCUGGUUUCACCUUUCACACAGGAAGACGGGUGCCUUGUCUCAGCCGACGCAUACCGAAACACCGGGAGAACGAUUGACUGAGAUGAUCCAAUAAAAGAGUUUACCUGAAAGAAUCCAUUGCGGAGCAAACAGAGAGGGACACGGCGUUCUGAAUCCAAGCGGGGCUCAUGGCAUUUGCUGAGGUCACGCAGAUCGUGGCUGGACUGGGAGUUUUGUCUCUCUCUCUGGGGGCACGGACAGCACUUGGACUUGGGGACAUGGAGGAGAGGAGCCCGGGAGUGGAAGUGACCCUGAAAACAACCGGGCAACUGGACUUCCACCAGGGUGCGGAGCUGGUGUUGAGAGCAGCUUCUACAGGGGGUAUCACCUGGUUACUUCGUGGGGUAGCACUGGUCUUGGUGGUCUGGAUUGCAGAGGUCUUGUCUGGGUCUAAAGGCCUGGUCUCAUCAGUGCUCCGCGCCCCCUGCUUGGGGCUUCUGAUCGGGCUUGGACUGGGAGCUGUGGAUGGACUGUGCAAGGCUGGGGAAGUCCUAGGGCCCGAGGUGUGGUUGAGAGUUGUGUGUAAUGGGAUAAGUGGGGCGGGGGUCGGGGCCAGCGUGGCCGCAGAGAGCGGAGUGGCCAUCGGCGGUCUGUUGAGCCUUGCGGCGGUCAGGGCGGCAAAGAACGUGGCCAUCGGGGGUAAGAUCAGGCCUGCUCCACUUGUUGUCCUUUUGGUAGUUGCUGGGGCAUCAAGGAUGGUGGUCAGCUUAGCCCCGGGGUGUAUGGCUGCAGGAGCCUUUGCUGGAUCCAUCCUGGGCACCGGAAGGGACGGACAGGCCUUUGCAGCCCUUGGGGUGCUUGGGUUGGGGUGGUGCGCUGGGUGGAGGUGGCUCGGUGGGGGCGGGGGCAGUGCGUUAGUUCUCGUGACGUGGGGAGAGGCGGUGCGGCUUUCAGCGGGACAUGUAAUAGGCGGGGUUGCUGGAUCGAUUGUGGCCGUGGUUGGAGUCAUGUGCCUGGGGAUUCCUCUGCAGAUCUACCCCGCGCUGGUAAGUGUGUUACUGGGCGCUCCGAUCGCAGUCCUUUCCUGGACGAGCGGGGAGGCUGUCUGUCGAACACUCGCCGAGUCGGUGGAGAGACUGUUUGUGUCUAUAAGCGUCAAUACAUAUCGUGGACAAGAAGAGAGACUUAUGGAUACAUUCGGAUGGGACAAACGACCUCUGCAUGCUUGAUAUAUGUAUAAAUGCAUUAAAUAUAAUGUAUUUGUGUUGUAGUUCUGCUGCUAUUGACUACUUGAAUGACUUCCUAGUAGACUAAAAUGCGUUAAUUUGACUAAAUGAUUUCCUGUUGUAAUUCUGUAUUAAAGAUUUUACAUUUUG